ACAUAUUCAUUGAGACAGUCAGGCUUCAGUCGUGGAGCAGAACGAGAGCCACAGGCAGAGGAGGAACAUGCAUCUCCAUACAGGGCUGCUGACUCUGUGCUUCGGGUGGGCAUUUGCCUUCUACCCCAACCGAGAAUGCCCAGACGUAGGACUAAGUGACCUCACCGAUGAAGACAUCACUAGAAACGCCAUCCUGACGGCUGUGGCCACUUUUAUGGAAGGAAACCCACUGCCAGGAAAGCCAGGCUUCAAGCCAGGGGAGCUGGUGGACUUGGUCCCCCUGACUCCGACCAGUCUGUUCAAGGCGUACUUCCGAGCCGACGUGUCUCCGAAUCAGUUCAUUCAGGCGAUUCAGAACAUCGUGACUGGAAACGACGAGGUGGAGCGGCUCUACGCACAGCAGAGCGACUACCACUUCCACUGUGAGCAGAUCACUAAGAGCAUUACGCUGUUCCAGCAGUAUCGCGAUGAGAUUUUCACCCAAAUUAAAGUAUCAAAGGAUAAAAUGGAUGUCAAUGCGUAUGAAAAGGCCCAACUGAAAAUGGGUAUGGCGCUGCACAUCCUGCAGAAAUUCUACAGCAACACCAACUGGGUGGAAAUGGGAAAGCGGACCACCUACAGACAUCUUGUGAACGCUUCUGACCCCGUAUUCCCAAUUGCCUCAUCAGCAAUAAAGACUUGCAAGGACUGCCUUCCUACAGAGAGUGGCAGUUUAAACUGUAGCGGGAAUCUCCUGGUGGACAACCUGCUGACCAGCGGUUACAAAAAGUUAGAAACCUGUGCGGCCAAACCGAAAGGAAAAUGUGGGCAUGGAGGUAAAUACGACGAGACGCGACUUCAGUCCCCUACAGGUGGCAUCAACAAAGAAACUGCCAAUCCAGAGCUCUCUCCUCACUCCAAUUUGCACGACAAGGCAGCACGAUUAGCGGAGAAUGCAACCGUUGAGUUCUUCAUAGGGCCAGGUUUUGGAUUCCUGGACAGCCUCGGGCCUUCUGUUUUCAGAAAAUUUUUCAACCUGCAAGGUUACUCUUUGUCAUUUGUCAUCGACACGACGAGCAGCAUGAGCGACGAAAUCAACCUGGUCAAGACCAUCUGCAUCAACAUCAUCAAAAAGGUUAUGAACUCCUCGGACGCGCCUUACAAUUACGUGCUGGUGCCGUUCAAUGAUCCCAGUUUUGGCCCAGCAAUUGUAACCCACGAUGUGGCGUAUUUUCAGAGUCAGAUUGGCGCUCUCACAGCCACUGGAGGUGACGACUGUCCAGAGAUGUCCAUGAAUGGCCUAAAGCUGGCCUUGGCAAACAGUGAGCCCAGGUCGAAUAUCUUUCUCUUCACGGACGCCGGCGCAAAAGACGUCGCCUUGCUGGAUGAAGUGAUGAUCCAGGCCAGUUCUGUUGAAACCCAAAUUUAUCCCAUGUUGACUGGGUAUUGUAGCGCGUCAGGAGACAUAGUUGAAGACAACGAGUACAUGAAGCUGGCCAAGGUGACGGGUCAACACUACACCCGCGUCCAAAAGGGGAAGCUGAACUCCGUCCUGGGAAUCACAGAACUGGCCCUGAAUUCGGCUCCUGCUGUGCUUGUGCAGGUCACUGAGAGAACCAAGAAGCUCCUCUUCUACGUGGACGAAACCCUACGGGAGCUCAGCAUCUCCGUGAAGAAGAACAACGACGUGCCCUUUUACUUCUUUCUGCUUACACCGGGGGAUACUGAUAAAACUCGGAGCAGAAGGAAGCGGGCCGUUACGAUGGAUGCAAAAGUUUCAUCCUUAGUCAACACCACCAACUACCAGGUGGUAAAAGUGCAGGUGACACAACCGGGCCAGUGGGCAGUGGAGAUGAGCAGCUUGGACACGUACACGUUUGAGAUUGCUGGGAAAAGCCUGCUGGAUUUCUCGUAUAAAAUAAUGGAGGAGAAAAACGGAUACGUGCUUCCCAUACAAGGGCGACCUGAAAAAGGUGCUGAGUACAUUCUGUCAGUGGCAGUGGAAGGAGACAGCGGUAAACUGACCUUGACACGGGUUAUAAUAUUUGAUGAAACAGGAAAGAUAAAUAAGGCGUAUGACGUUAACAAAAGUACGGACAGCCGUGGACAACUGCGAGUUUCAGUGCCUGUGAGGUUUAAUCUAACGAGUUUCACGCUGGGAAUUGCUGGCAAAACAGAAAGUGGAAGCGAGUUUCAUAGAUGUAAGCCACAUCUUAUUCGUACUGAGAGCAUUUCACUGAAAUUAUCAGAAGGACAGAAGAGUACCUUGACUGAGGGAACUUCACUGAACGUCUUAGUGAUCGCCUCAAAUGUAGGACCAGACCAGACCUUCACGUUUAACGUCAAAGAUGAGCUCUCUUUGAUGCGGUCUUUUAAUCCACAAAGCAUCCUUAUUGCUCAAGGACAGAACGUGACACUGACGGCGACCUUUGAAGCCCCAAAACCCCUCAGUCAGCAGUUGUCAAGCCUUGUGACAUUUACAGCUAAAGGUGGCACAUCAACCAACUACCUGAAGAGCGUCAUAACUGUGGUGCCAGAAGUCAAGGAGAUUCCAGAUCAGGACCCCCCUCAAUAUAACAUUACACAACUGGGUGACAUCUGCAAAGGAAAAAAGAAGUCUGUUCAAGUGUGCAAAAGCCACAACUGGGACCUUGAGUUCCAGGCUUGGGACAACAUAAGUGGCGUCUUUGUGGAACUCGGCCUUCCUGCUGCUGAAAUCCCACCUGUGUACUCCCUGAACUGCAAUGACACCAUCAUAUCGGGAGUCUCCUGGGCCAGCUGCCAGUACAGUUCUGACUGCUGCUAUCCUCAUGUGUCUCUCAUUCUGACCGACGCUACAGGAAACGCAAACCUCCUUGAUGUCGAUUUUCGCGACUCACAGAAGGAAAGUUGGAGCAGUGCACCCCGAAUUCAAAGCAGCGUCGUCCUCGCUGUGUCCCUGCUGUCUGCCAUCUUCUACUGAUGACCACCUUCAAGAGAUUAUUAAAAGAAUGGAAUGUACAAAAUACGCCUCUUCAUUGGGAAGCAGCAGUACUUUAUCCUGAUGGCAACACGAAUUAGAUGAUCUGCAAGUCUCCGACUUAAAGUUAAAAGCUGAAUAAUAUCUACAUACUUCUGUCAUAUCACCUACUGUAUGUCCAUAUAUUCGAUCUCUUUACGCUGUUCUGUUAUUUCACCGAGUAAUAAUUUCCAUUUGUUUGCACUAAUGUGAUCUCUACUAUCAGUUUUUUUAGACUUUUGAAUUUUAGUACUUUCAUAAUCUCUAACCUGCUCUGCAUUUAUGUUUCAUGUUGCGUUAGAGGUAUUGGUUGUGUUAUACGUUUUCAUUCUUUUUGGCUUUGAAAUUCACACUCAGAUACUUUUUAAACUUACACUUUUACUGUAACACUUCAGUAAAACCAAUGUUUGAAAUUACCUUUUCAUCAAUAUCGCAUUGAAUUUUUAAUGCCGUGUUUAGAAUCGUGACAAUGUCUGACUGCCUGUGUCUGACAAUAGCAUUCACACGAAUGACAAAUGAUUGGACCGUGUGCGUCGCUGUAAAUGUUUUAGAUGUGAACAGGACUUUACCAAAUCUCUGCAUAAAGUCUUAUCUAGCGGGACUUGAAAUGAUCUCUCGUCUCAGGUUUUUCUUUUAAAUCUUUGCUAUCAUUUUUUUGAGACUUUCAAAUUUUCAUACUUCCAUUAUCACUAACCUGCUCUGCAUGUGUACCGCGCCAAUGUUUUUGGAAUCUUUUAAUUCUCGCGGAUACGCCUCUUCAUUGGGAAGAAACGUCUACUCUUCCCUGAUGACAACACGAAUUAGACCAGCGGGUCUCAAUCUGUGGGGCGAAGUAACAAAAAAGGGGGUGUGAAGAUGUGAAAAAAAGAAAACAAGAAUCGGAAACAUGAAAAAUCCAUCUAUUGAAACCAAAACAAAUGAACUUAAACUACAUUCUGAUACUAGAAAAAUGAAUAUAGAGUUAGAUAAAUGUCGAUAAAAGUUAAGUAGGUAUAAUAAAAUAUGUAUCAAUGAUAUAUCAUUAAUUAAAAAAGAACAAAUUGGUAUUAGUGGGCUCAUUUCAAAAAAACGUUGGGGAGGGGCAUUAAAACUGUUAUGAAAACUCGGGUUGCAAAAACGUAAAGGUUUAGAAACUCUGAAUUAGACGAUCUACACAUCUCUGACUUAAAGUUUAAAGCCAAACAAUAUCUCCAUACUUCUGCCAUAUCAACUCUUUCCAUAUAUUUAAUCUCUUUUCGCUUUUACCUUUUCAUCAAUAUCUCAUUGAAUUUUGAUUCCGUGUUUGGAAUCGUGACACAACGUAUGACUGCCUGAGAGUGAAUAUCGUUUCUUUCUCUCUUCACGAACUGUGUCUGACGAUAGCAUUCACACGAAUGACAAAUGAUUGAGCCGUGUGCGUGGCUGUAAAUGUUUUAGAUGUGAACAGGACUUUACCAAAUGUCUUUGCAUCAAGUCUUGUCUCGUGGGGCUUGAAAUUUUCUCUCCGGGAUUUCACUUUCAACAAACA